AUUGGGAAACCUAUCAUUUAUUCAGUUUUAAUAUAUCUCAUUGAGUGCAUCGAGUGUAAAGAGCAAUUGUUAUAAACCCUUAACUUUGAUGAAAAGGAGUGUUUGAUCUUAUUCCGCUUUUUGCUAUUAAUGAUUGGAUAUACCAAAGGGGGGUAUGCUUGAUUCCUGUUUUAUUUGUCUUCCUUGUACAACGAGAGACAUUGUAAUGGCUUCUCUGUCUAAAAUCGUAGACCAAAAGCUUGGAGCAUCAUCAAGAAGCAAGCUCUCCAUAACAAGUGAAGCUACUUUCGCAUUUCUAUCCAUGCCCCUUAUUCAGGAGAUUGUUUUAUCAGCAGACAUCAGAUGUAGCGACUGCCAAGAGAAGAUCGCUGACAUCUUGACAUGUCACAUAUUCACAGGUGACCGGAGAGUCACCAAAUCAUAUGGGGAAGCCCUUCUCUGCAAAAUGUCCACCUUCAAGCGUAGGAUAUUUCCUUCUUCCAGGAAACAACAACAACAACUCAAUGUUGCUUAGUUCUUAUUUUUAUCAUCAUCCUCUUUGUAAUAUGAUGUCAAUAAGAUGGGAUAAUGUUUUAGAUAUGAUGGUAACAAAUAACUCUCAAUAGCAAAUUAUCAUAGACAAAGGAAAACAAAAAAAGGUUCUGAAUUCUUGAAUUGCAGAA